AUGAUAGCCAAUUUCGGUCUUUCUAAAGUUCUUGCAACUGAAAGUGCCACUCAUGUAUCAACUGACCCUAAAGGAACAUUUAGGUACCUUGAUCCUCAAUAUUACAACACAGGAAAGUUGAACAAAAAGAGUGAUAUAUACAGCUUUGGGAUUGUGUUGCUAGAGCUAAUAACUGGUAGAGCAGCAAUAUUAAGAGACGUAGAAGCUGAACCUAUUCACAUAUGUCGAUGGGUGAGUCCAAAUUUUGACACUAGGGAAAUUGAAAGUAUCGUGGAUUCAAGAAUACAAGGGACCUACAACAUUCCUUCUGCAUGGAAAGCUCUACAAAUUGCCAUGGCAUGUGUGCCUUUAACAGCAAUCCAAAGGCCUGAUAUAACCUUUAUCUAUAACGACUUGAAGGAAUGUUUGGAAACUGAGAUGUCCUCUGGAAGAACACAAAUUGUAGGGAACGAUGAUUUAGCGAACUAUAUAGAUCAUCAGCCACCAAUUCUGUUCUAG